AUGGGAAGCCAAAAACGGAUAGCUAAGGAGCUCGCCGAGCUUGUCGAAUCUCCCCCGGAGGGCAUCGUGGUAAAGCUGGCCGACGAAUCCAACCUUUACGCAUGGAACGUAUACAUGGACGGACCUGAGGGAUCUCCUUACCAGAACGGCAAAUUCCAACUUAACCUGUCCCUUCCCACCGAAUACCCCUUCAAACCCCCUACCGUCUCCUUCAAAACGAAGAUCUACCAUCCCAAUGUGACCAACGAUGACAAGGGAAGCAUGUGCCUGGGCAUGCUUAGGGCCGACGAAUGGAAGCCUAGUUCCAAGAUUUUGGCAGUGCUGCAGUUCGCGCGUCAGUUGCUCGCAGAACCGAUGCCCGAUGAUGCCGUCGAGGGACGGAUCGCAGAGCAGUUUAAAAAUGACCACAAUCGGUACGAGGAAGUUGCGAAGGAGUGGACACGCAAGUAUGCCACUGUUUAG